GGAUGAAUGAAAAGAAGGCCAACAUCCAUCAAUCCAUUGAUUGGCGGGUUUCAAAAUCGAAAUUCCCUAUUUGACCGUUUCAUGAGAAUGCAACCUGGAAAGAUGUGCAACCUGAUGAUUUUUUACUGACUCGAGAAAUAUGGAAGCAGAAAAGGAGAAUCAGCCACCCGAAGGGUAUGCAAAGGUAGAAAGUUUACAGCAACUCAAGGAAAAAGUUCAACGCUUGCGACAAGUAUCAGCGGCUAACAAUAGUAACGGCCAUACCCACCACGAAACAUUCACCACGACGCCUCUUACCAGACUAGAAAAUAGUUGGAAGAUAGAUAAUCAUCUAGAGAAUCCGAUUCCUUCACCAAACACCAUAAUAGAGCAGAAAGAUGAAGGACCGCUUCCUCCCCCGGUUGCCCGUCAAUCCAACCAGCAACCUACCAGUUCUGCACGUCAGGUUCCUUCGGGAUUGAACCAUGAAACGAGUAAUUUCAAAAUACAGGAAAGCAAUGACACGCCAUACAACAAAACAAGCAAUAGUUCCAUGAAAAAAACGGAGCAAAACGUCCAAACAAGAAAUAAGUUAGUGCAACUGGUACGAAAUAAUCCCUGUGAUCCAGAAAGUUGGCUACGACUAUUAAAGCACGUUCAAAGUGAACACAAGUUAGACCCUCGACAAGUCUCCUUAACAAUGCUGAUGCAGUUGUAUGAGAAGGCCGUUCGGACCAUACCUCUUAAGGGGAAUAGGAAAAAUGAUGCCUUUAUAGAGAUAUGGAUAGAUUAUGCUUGGCUCCAAGACAAAGAAUCUGAACACGAUGCUAGAGGAACUUUUAAAUAUAUGCGGGCUGAACAUAUUGGAGAAGGUUCAUCACGAUUUCUUCAUGCUUGGGCAGAGUUUGAAGCUUCUCAUGACAACCAAGAAAAGUCUAAAAAGUUAUUGGAAGAAAUACGCGUCAGUUUUGGAAAUGACACGAAAGUCCAGGAUUCCUCUCUUGAAAGAAAAACGACUGAAGGUACUCCAAAGACAGAAUCUGCUCCUUCAAAAAGCUCUAUAGAAGGUGAACAAGAUGAGAAGCUUUACCAACGACGCCAUCACGAAGAAACUGUCAACCUUAGUCCUUUAAAAUCUUCAACAAACAAGAAAAAGACGGCGUGUUGGAAGACACCACUUUUGUUGAAUAGUGGAAGCGCAAGAAGAGUUAGUCAGGCUUUCCUAGAUGAAAGCAGUUGCACAGAAUCGGAUGAACAACAAGCGAGCAAACACUAUAGUACUGAAUGGCAAAAUAGUCUCAAGUUGGGCCAGCAUACGGAGACCAGAGGUAGAUCUGUAGAGAUCAGUCAUUGUACAACAUCUUCCUUACAGGAUUCUGAAAAGUCAGCCUCCCUAUCCAAACAGCAAAUUGAACAACGACAACAACGACAUAUUAAAGAGCAAAUACCUAUAAGCAAUAAUCCAGAUCAAAUUCAAAGAGAAGAUCCAGCAAAGGACAAGGUAGAUUCUCCUGAAGUACUUCGUUCAGGAUCUGUGGAAACACGAAAUUCUGAAGCUCUUGAAAUAAGUCCUCUUGGUUUGAAAGAAUCGUACAAGACUUCAUCCAAGGCUCUAUCUGAAAAUGCAAGGCACAGGCAGUCGGUAGAAGAUGACAUUCCCUUUGAUUCUUCUCCUGUGCAUAAAGAACCUUCUAUUGUUGCGAAGAAAACUGUGGACAAGCAGACAGGGCAGCAUAAUGAGAAAUCUAUUCAAUCCAAUUUGGAAAAACUUGAGGCUUUUCAAAGACCUGUAGAAGAAUCCCCUAGGAGAGAUUCUGUAUUUUCUAUUCUGUCAGAUACUCGCAAAGUGAUCGUAGUAAAUAAGGUUCCUUAUAUACCACUUCAGAUAGUUGGUCGAGGAGGUAGUUCGAAAGUUUUUAAAGUUAUGAACAGUGGUGGUCAGAUCUUUGCCCUCAAAAGAGUUCGUGUGUCACAAGCUGACGAACAAGGAAAGUAUAUAUUCAUCAAUUACCAAAAUGAGAUAUCUCUUCUUCAACGCUUAAAGGGCAAGCCCUGUAUCAUUCAAUUGAUAGACUCUGAAGUCAAUGAGAAAAAUUUGACAGUCCAAUUUAUUUUAGAGUAUGGAGAUAUCGAUUUGUCUAGGUUGCUUACUCGCUAUGCUGAACGUCAAAAGUCGGUGGAUUUGAAUUUUAUUCGAUUAUAUUGGCAGCAAAUGUUAGAAGCUGUGCAGACUAUUCAUGAAGAGAAAAUUAUUCACAGUGAUUUGAAACCUGCAAAUUUUUUAUUUGUAGAAGGAACUUUGAAACUUAUUGACUUUGGAAUAGCAAAGGCCAGUCAAAGUGAAACAACCAAAGUUUUUCAUGACAGUCCUAUGGGAACUCUCAAUUUUAUGAGUCCAGAAGCAUUUUCAAACAAUUGUCGUUUAGGGAGAGCUAGUGAUGUUUGGUCUUUGGGUUGUAUUCUCUAUCAAAUGGUAAGAAAUGGAUCAUUCUCAAAAGUAUUUUAUAGUAAUUGUUUAUAGGUUUAUGGAAAAACUCCUUAUGCUCAUUUAAAUCCUAUCAUGAAAAUGAAAACCAUUCCGGAUUGUAGUCAUCCUGUUGAGUUUCCAAACAAAGAAAGACUCAAUCCUCAACUUUUGGAUGUCUU